AUGGAAUUUGAAUGGAAUAAUUAUUUAGAAGAUACAAAAAGUAUUGCUGUUCCCGAAGAAUUAUUUUAUCACGUUGAAGCCAGCCUCAAUAAUGGUAUUAAGCAGGGGAUGUUACUUGAGGUGUGUCACAAGAACAAUCCCGAUGUGUACUGGCUCGCUGAGAUCACAAUGGUCUGCGGCCACUUGCUUAGGAUAAAAUUCAUUGGUGCCCAAACAGACUUUUGGUGUGACAUAUCUAGUACUAAAGUACAUCCUCUCGGCUGGUGUGGGAAAUAUGAUGAACUUGUCGAACCUCCUGAUGAAAUAAACGAAAGAUGCGGGGAAACUAUCAUAGAUAUAAUGAAAAAAGCCCUCCUUGUUGGACAAUCCGUGUCUCUUGAGGCAUUGAAUAACAAAGGAAUGUCUCCUAUUGAUAGAAUCAAAGUUGGGAUGAAAGUGGAAAUACAGAAUAUUAUCGACCCAUAUAGAUACUGGAUUGCAACUGUGUGUGAAAAUAUUGGAGGUCGACUCUUGUUGAAGUAUGAUGGAGCUGAUGAAGAUUUACCACAGUUUUGGAUGUUCUUCUGUAAUACAAGACUGAGUAGCUUUGGAUUUGUCACCAACAAAGGUUCUCCAUGGCAAUUCAAGUACCCGGGCAAAGUCAAUAAAUUCUCAUGUAAGAACAAACUAAGCACACAACUGAGACAAAGCGCCGAGGAAUCUAUCAAAGAACCAACUCCAGCUGAUCUGUUUCAGCCCAAUCCCAUCUUAGAAGCGCACAGUUUUGCUACCGGCAUGAAAGUAGAAGCACUAAGUCCAAACGACAUGAAGACUUUCCGCCCUGCCACAGUAACCAAAAUCUUCAAUAAUCUCCAUUUCCUGGUCGUCAUAGACGAUAACCUCGAGGAUUACGAGGACACGAAAAUGGCCUGGCUCUGUGAUAACAUGCAUCCCUACAUUUACCCUAUUGGUUGGGCACAGUCACACAAACUCGAUAUUAAGCCACCUAAAGUAUGGAAGGAAGGCGUAUUUGAAUGGGAGGAAUACCUUUCGAUGACCGCCUCCGUCCCCGCGCCCGAAUACUGUUUCGGAAAUAAAGAACAGCUCAAAGGAAUCGAGCCCAAUAUGAAGUUGGAAGCGGUGAAUCCUAUGAACCAUGAAGAAAUCCACGUAGCAUCGGUCGAAUUAAUAGUGGAACACAUGUUGUAUGUCGAACUUUUGCCGAUCGGCGAAAAGUUUUGGUACUCCCAAGAUAGUGAUCUCUUAUUCCCCGUAGGAUGGUGUGACAGCAACAACUAUGAGCUACAUAUACCAGAUACUAACCCAAAAGAAAUACCCAAGCCAACCGAGGAGCCCAAAACGAUCAAGGACGACAUCAAAUCCACUGAAGAGUGGUGCGAUAGAAUAUUUUUCAAUUAUAAAUGUUACGCCGGCCCGUCGAUAAGUCGGAACAAAUUAUCACAGCUUCCCAAAGCAGUGGGCCCUGGUCCCCUGCUGCUUGUACUAAAAGAAGUUCUGAACAAGAUCAUCUCGGCCUCAUACAAACCGGCGAAACUGCUCAAAGAUUGGGAAACUGAGGGCCCGCCGGAGGAAGGCAUGAAACUAGAAAUGCUACGAGCCAAAUUAAAAGCGAGCACGCACCACGCGUUCGUCCCUAUAACGACGGAGCCGUCUAAGGUGGGUUCUUUCUGCCGGUCCAUAUGUGUCAAGCUACAAGCCUGUCCCAGUCUGUUCGGACCCGACGAGUACCCGCAUCAAUGUCCACACGCCUGUCAGACGGUCGAGAAGUCUACCUUCCAUAACGGAACAGAACGACGUGGCAGGCCGAAAGGUAGCGUGAACGGAAGGAAAAAAAAGAAAAAAACACAGCAGGAGAAGAGGGAAAAGGAGCAACCGCCAGUACAGGAGAUUGAACAUAGAGAUAUAGAAUCAGUUGAGAGCGAACAUAGCGCUGGGUCAACACCGCCCUCGGAGUCGGGAACUAGACCGAACUCACCGGAGAGCGUUACAGAUUACAAGAGGAACACUAGGAGAAAACGAGACGCUAAGAACAGUUACCCUAAACUAGAAAUGAAGACACGUGGAGCCAAGUUACCAAAAUUUCGCCUUCAAAUGAAAGAAGCGCACUGGGACAAGAAGGACGUGGAGACGAUAUACAGCAACUCGUGUGUCAGCAAGAAGAGAAAUACACAGGACAGUGACACUGAGAACGAGACCAACGAGAGUAGCUGCAACUCAAGAGACUCUAAGAACAUAUCGGACGUUAGCGACUCAGAGGAACCGGAACUGAAGAAACUCAAGUUCAAUACCAACGACCCGCUGCCGACAGAUAACAAGAUGUUCGAGAAGAACACCACCGCCUGGGCCCGCGGGAAGAUGAAGCUUUCAAGGAACCCUCUCGACUGGACGGUCGAUGAUGUAUACAACUACCUGAGCAACACAGACGACUGUAAACUGAUAGCGGACAAGAUGAAGCAGGAGGAAAUAGACGGACAGGCCUUCAUCAUGCUCGACCUGCCCAUCAUAACACACUUCCUGCACAUGAAGAAGGAGUUCGCCAUGCAGCUGUGCAAACACAUCACCAUGAUACGGUGGUACUACAUCGACAACUUCGACGACAACGCCGACAUGUGA